UGUACAGCAACGUGUUUACUUCCUGUUUACAUCGGUGCUAGUUAAGUAACCUCACACAUCUUUGACUACUUACUGGUGUGUUAAGCUUUCAGAAGUUACAGGGGGUGCUCAAUAACUUCCUGAAUAAUGAGAUACAGUAACGCGUUAGGUGUGUAAAAUCAAUGUGAACUAUAUUCAAAUGUCUUAAAAAAUGAAAAUUAUAAUAAACAGUUUUCACAUUGUUUUUGAUGGCUGCCAUCUUCCUCGUGCGCACAUGUCAGUUUCUGUUAUCUCCAUCCACCAUAAAGCUUUGAAAACACUUUUUCAAAUUAAUUCGAGUACACUUAUUCAAAUAUUUUUGAAGUUAUUGCAAUAUGCAUAAUGAGAAAUGCACAUUUCGAGCAUUUAUACUUUCCGAUCACAACAAUGACAUAUUAAAUGACUACUAUGGCUGAUAUCUGUCUGUCUGUGUGUGCCCAAUGAAGCAGUUUUAUUAUUGAAAAUCUUAUUUUUAAGCGUUGAAAGAAACGUAAGGUAAACCGCAAACCGAAUUACAUGAUUGGCCGAUGCGGCUCACGUGAUCCAAUUUCGCCGUUGGUAGAUGAAGCGAGUUUAAAAGCACACAACACACGUAUCUGAGCGCGCGCACGUGCUUCAUUGUUGCGUCAUAGUAGGAUUCGCUAUAAGUGUUUGUUUUUAGCCUGCUGCUCAUUUACAGACUGAACGACAAACGAGUAGCAUAUGACACAUCAGAAUCCAGACGACGACAAGCCUACUUGAAUAGUCCUUUUUGAAGAAACCAGCCAAUAUCAUUCGUUCAGUUUUCUUUCUGAACAGCAAAUCAUACAAGUCUUACAUAUAUCUUGAGUCAAAUGGCUUUAGUUCUGGAGUCAGGGGACAAGGGGGCCGGCAUCGAAACGGCCCGGCCUAGAAAUAGACAUCUUCCAAAUGUUACCAAUCAUGUUGUAAUCGAGUUCUCCCAAGGUCCUGGUCUUGCCAGCCGUGUAUUCAUUGAGGUGGAUGUGCUUACUCCACUGUCUGAAGGAGAAUUUGACCAGAUCAUUUCUUCGAUAAGAGAUAUUAUACUGCCCCCGAGAAAUGACAGGGUGGAAGGAACCACUUCUCCAACUGAGUCUGCGUUUGUGGUGAGAUGGCACAAUGCGGUAAAAAGAGUUAGGAACUUCUUCAGGAAAGGCUGGAAGCGAUUGCGUAGUAUCAGGGUUAACUGUUUUAUCGUAUUCCCGAGUGACUAGAAUCACUAGAACAAGUUCUUGUGUACCCUUAACAAAGUUUAAAAAAGUAUACCAGGCAUAAGUAAAAGUAGAUUUUAUCACAUAUGCGUAAGUGAUGUUAAAGUAUAUUAUUAGUUAUAUUUUUUUAAGCACACUAAUAUAAAUGUACUGGCGGUAUACUUGUAAAUGUUUGUAAAAACGAACUGCCGGUAGUUGUGGUCAGUGUGAAUUGGCUUUAAGAACGUAGGCAUCAUGUAGGCAUGGUGUUUUUUGAGCCUUCUGUUGAUCAAUGCAAGUUAGUUUUUAGAAGGUUUGUAUUUGUUGGCGUUAGUUGGUGUUUUUUUUACGUUCGUUGGAUCAGUUUGAGUUUGUUUUUAGAAUGUUGGCAUUAGUUGGUGUUUUUUUGUGUUUGUUAGAUCAGUCUGGGUUAGUUUUUGGCAUUAGUUGGUGUUCGUUAAUUCAGUUUGAGAUAGCUUUUAGGUUGUGUUCAGACCAAACGCGAAGCGCAAGUAAUUUACAUGUUAAGUCAAUGCAAAGACGCGAUGGACUUACUUGCGCCGCGAAUGAGUGGUCUAGUGGUUAGAGAGUUGGACUUGUAGCCAGAAGGUCACUGGUUCAAUUCUCAGUGUCACCAGGAAAUGACUGAAGUGCCCUUGAGCAAGGCACCUUACCCCUGUUUGCUCUGCAGUGAUAGCUGCCCACUGCACCCUGUGUGCAGCUACCCCGUCUGCCAAAUGAAGAAAGGUAAAUGAAUUGCGCGAUUCACGCGAAUUGAGCGAACUUUGGCGAAAAUUCACGGCCCCUCACGGACGACCGCCGGCGAAAUAACAUAAAUACAAAUAUAAAUACAAACGUAAAACAUGUUCUGGCCCGGUCCUCUCUCUUCGACGGUCCGGUCGCUCGUUCUCUUAUAUGCUCCCAAUCUCCUACAUGAUUCAAGCCCGUUGUGCGCACAACUGGCGCUCAUUCACAAUUACUCACCGGACUCGAACCACGGUCUCGCCCCGCCUACUCCACUACAUACCCCCAUCACCCCUCAUAGGCCGGGGGGUACCCCCGAGACUGUGCAGGCUCCCUCCCCCUACCUCAGGGGGGGGGGGGGUGGGGUGGGGGUUAUGCAGCGACGAGACGAGACAACGGAGAUGGGAGCCCUCGGAGCGACUGGAAAGAGAGAGGGGAGAGAGGAAAAAAAAUAUAUAUAUAGUCAUGUUCCCCCGACAUGCUGGCGCCAGUUCCUCAACAACCCGGAGUACUCUCCUUCGCGGUGCCUUGCGGUGGCCCUGGGGCUUCGGUGGACGGCUCGACCGUCCGCCCCCUGGCGGCCGGCGGUGGCUCCUCCUUUAUCUGGGAGUCGGGGCGGGUUGCCCGUCCCCUGCUCCUCCCCCUUGGGCGGACGGACGCAGGCUCCGGCCUCUGGCAGGCGGUGGCCGCACUCGGCACUUCCCGCGCCCUGCUCCUCCCCCUCGUGGGACGGACGCAGGCUCCGGCCUCUGUCGGACGGUGGCAACUCCCCCGCUCCCGCUUGGACGAAAGCCACCCCACCUAGACCCAGGGGCGCGGCAGCAAAGGUCGCCAUUCCACCGAAGCUUUGACAGUGGCCGACUGGGGGACGCCCUUCGUCUUCGCUGCCCGAACUCUCCGGCACCGCGAGGCCACUCGGCGGCGAGGACUCUCCGACAGCAUGUCACUCCUUCCUCCAGGGUUUCGGCACCAAUGUAACAACUUUCAAUAAAAGGAAGGAAGGAAGGAGGCGGGAACUGGCAGAAAUUUAAAUAAAGUUUUAAUAUAAAUAAUAACAGCCAGCGGCCCCUCACGGACGACCGCCGGCGAAAUAACAUAAAUACAAAUAUAAAUACAAACAUAAAACAUGUUCGGGCCCGGUCCUCUCUCUUCGACGGUCCGGUCGCUCGUUCUCUUAUAUGCUCCCAAUCUCCUACGUGAUUUGAGCCCGGUGUGCGCACAACUGGCGCUCAUUCACAAUUACUCACCGGUCUCGAACCACGGUCUCGCCCCGCCCACUCCACUACCCUCAGGAGGGUGUGGGGGGUAUGCAGCGAUGAGACAACGGAGAUGGGAGCCCUUGGAGCGACUGGAAAGAGAGAGGGGAGAGAGGAAAAAAAAUAUAUAUAGUCAUGUUCCCCGACAUGCUGCCGCCCGUUCCUCAACAAGCCGGGGUACUCUCCUUCGCGGUGCCUUGCGGUGGCCCUGGGGCUUCGGUGGACGGCUCGACCGUCCGCCCCCUGGCGGUGGCUCCUCCUUUAUCUGGGAGUCGGGGCGGGUUCCCUGUCCCCUGCUCCUCCCCCUUGGGCGGACGGACGCAAGCUCCGGCCUCUGGCAGGCGGUGGCCGCUCUCGGCACUUCCCGCGCCCUGCUCCUCCCCCUCGUGGGACGGACGCAGGCUCCGGCCUCUGUUGGACGGUGGCAACUCCCCCGCUCCCGCUUGGACGAAAGCCACCCCACCUCGACCCAGGGGCGCGGCAGCAAAGGUCGCCAUUCCACCGAAGCUUUGACGGUGGCCGACUGGGGGACGCCCUUCGUCUUCGCUGCCCGAACUCUCCGGCACCGCGAGGCCACUCGGCGGCGAGGACUCUCCGACAGCAUGUCACUCCUUCCUCCAGGGUUUCGGCACCAAUGUAACAACUUUCAAUAAAAGGAAGGAAGGAAGGAGGCGGGAACUGGCAGAAAUUUAAAUAAAGUUUUAAUAUAAAUAAUAACAGCCGGCGGCCCCUCACGGACGACCGCCGGCGAAAUAACAUAAAUACAAAUAUAAAUACAAACAUAAAACAUGUUCGGGCCCGGUCAUCUCUCUUCGACGGUCCGGUCGCUCGUUCUCUUAUAUGCUCCCAAUCUCCUACGUGAUUUGAGCCCGGUGUGCGCACAACUGGCGCUCAUUCACAAUUACUCACCGGUCUCGAACCACGGUCUCGCCCCGCCCACUCCACUACCCUCAGGAGGGUGUGGGGGGUAUGCAGCGAUGAGACAACGGAGAUGGGAGCCCUUGGAGCGACUGGAAAGAGAGAGGGGAGAGAGGAAAAAAAAAAUAUAUAGUCAUGUUCCCCGACAUGCUGCCGCCCGUUCCUCAACAAGCCGGGGUACUCUCCUUCGCGGUGCCUUGCGGUGGCCCUGGGGCUUCGGUGGACGGCUCGACCGUCCGCCCCCUGGCGGUGGCUCCUCCUUUAUCUGGGAGUCGGGGCGGGUUCCCCGUCCCCUGCUCCUCCCCCUUGGGCGGACGGACGCAGGCUCCGGCCUCUGGCAGGCGGUGGCCGCACUCGGCACUUCCCGCGCCCUGCUCCUCCCCCUCGGGGGACGGACGCAGGCUCCGGCCUCUGUCGGACGGUGGCAACUCCCCCGCUCCCGGUUGGACGAAAGCCACCCCACCUCGACCCAGGGGCGCGGCAGCAAAGGUCGCCAUUCCACCGAAGCUUUGACGGUGGCCGACUGGGGGACGCCCUUCGUCUGUGCUGCCCGAACUCUCCGGCACCGCGAGGCCACUCGGCGGCGAGGACUCUCUGACAGCAUGUCACUCCUUCCUCCCGGGUUUCGGCACCAAUGUAACAACGUUCAAGGAAGGAAGGAGGCGGGAACUGGCAGACAUUUAAAUAGUUUUAAUAUAAAUAAUAACAGCCGGCGGCCCCUCACCGACGACCGCCGGCGAAAUAACUUAAAUACAAAUAUAAAUAUAAACGUAAAACAUGUUCGGGCCCGGUCCUCUCUCUUCGACGGUCCGGUCGCUCAACGAUCUUUACACAAUUUAAGCAAUAUAUAUAUAUAUAUAUGGGACUGGAGCCGCCUGGCAGAAGCCCAUCCCAUGAGGCGAAUUCAGGUCCGCAAUGAAGUGAAACGCAAGUCGCGUUUGGUCUGAACACACAGUUAGAACUUUGGUAUUUGUAGGCAUUCCUUCUAUCAGUGUAAAUUGGCUUUAAGAACUGCAAUUAACUAGUUCAAUUCUGUUGCGGGCGGCACAGUGGCUCUGUGGUUAGCACUGUUGUCUCACAGCAAAAAGUUCCCUGUGUCUGCUGGGACGGGAGGCUUUUCUGUGUGGAGUUUGCAUGUUCUCCCUGUGUCCGCGUGGGUUUACUCCGGGUACUCCGGUUUCCUCCCACAGCCCAAAGACAUGCAGGAUAGAUUCAUUGAAGAAUCUAAAUUAUCCCUCCCCCAAUUUGGUGCAAACAAAUAAAUAUUUUUUAUAAAUAAAAUUUUAAAGGAGUGUUAAA